CAGCUGACUCCAGGUUCCUUCCACUUUUUCCUUCAGCCAGUAAGUGUUGCCUCUGUGCCCCGAAGCCAGAGGGGCAGGUCCCUAUCGCUGCCCACUCCCUACCCUCUACCCAGAAGUGGACCCUCCGGGCUGAGGCAUCCAUUCUGCAUGUCAGAAUAACGUCUGAAUACCCAACCAGCCGCCAAGGCGUUUGGUCCACUUAAUAAGACAUGGAUGCAUCGCUCCCAGAGUCCCACUCUGCAAGCCAAGGGUCGGACUCUGCAGGUUUAGAUUUCGACUCUGUUGGCCAAGAUUAUUUCUCCCCUGGCUACAAGUAUGACUCUCUCUACCAAGAAUUGGACCUGGACUCUCUUCAUGAAGAUCUUCAUUUCCAGUCCAUGCCAGGAAUCAUGACAACAGAGACCUUGGCAAGCACACAUGAAUCCCACCCAACUGCUGAACUAGAGGAUCUCACAGAGGCUGAAGGAAAGGAGAUCAAAUCUGAGCUCACUAAAUUAGACGGGAAAAUUGUAACCUUACGCCGUGCCCUGGAAGUGAAAAAAAGACAUUGUAUGGAGCUCAAGAGAAAGCUGGGCCUCAUAACCUUUGUGGGGCUGAGGCAGAAUCUGUUCAAAAGCUGGCACGAUGUUCAAGUCUCCAAUGUCGACAUGAAACAAAAGAUGUCAGCUGCCCUGUCCACCAUGGGCUCUGCCAUCUGCAGGAAGCUUGGAGACAUGAAGAAGUCAGCCACAUUCAGAUCGUUUGAAGGUCUGAUGGGGACAAUCAAGUCUAGAGUGGCAGGUGGCAGACAGCUUGGCAGUGUCUAUCUUCCUUCUUCAGCUGUAAUAGGGAUGAUCCAUUCCCAGCCUCAGGGAGGAGAGACGAUCCACUCCUACUUUCCAAGAGUGGGAGUGAUCCAGUUUACUGAAGUGGAGUUGUUCUGGUUCCAAGGAGUGGAGACGAUCUGGUUGCAAGCAGUGGGCAUGACCUGCUUCCCUUUCUGGAGCCAGUAUGAACCCCUUGGUAAUCUUGCCUGGCCACCUAACCAGUGCAAGAACUCCCUUUCCUCAUCACAGUUGUGACUCUGCCUAUCAUAAAUAAGCGAUUAAACCACAGUGGCAAAGUUAA